AUGCAGCCCUUUCCAGUGUAUUCUGCGUCACCAGUUACAUCUCCUACGAAGCCGGAUCUUCAACAUAACCCUAAGGUGGACCAGGAACAGCAGUAUAUGACAUCUGCGCUGGAUUUGGUGGUACCUGGGGGAGCGGAAUUCCCAAAGAAAUCUGUGCGAUCUCAAGUAGCAAGGUUGAGUAUUUCAGAAGCAGAUAUUGCUAAGAAUGAUCUCGUUGCUAAGCUUUCAGGAGGAUCUCAGGUUGAAUGGCAAGAGACAAAUAUGUGCUCUACGGCUACAUCAACGAUAGUUGCGAGUUCUAGUGCUAACGGAGGCACUGCGAUCAGUUCUGGUUCUGCAGACCAGAACUUAACGGGAUCGAAGAGAAGGAGAAGAAGGUCAAGUGCGUUGCAUAAUUCCUUGGGUAAAUUGAAGCAAGGGAAUUCCAGCUCUUCAUCGUUAGCAGUUCCCAAUAAGAAAAAGAAGGCAUCCAAACCCGUUGCUUUCAAGUUGAACGAGAAGGCCAACCAGAAAAAACCUUUAUCAAUUAAAGAUAUUAGAGAUUUGGUUCAGUACAUAUUUCAUGAUACAAACAAUUCACCCAACUGGAUUACCAUAGAAAACAGGGCUGCUUUAAAGCAAGUAAUUGUAUUGUUUACCCCUGGCCUUCUCCCAGAGGAUUUUAACCUACCGAAAGAUUCGACAUUUAACGAGAAUUUCCAAUUGUUACGCACGAAUCACUUUAGAUCCAUAGACACAAACGAACAGAUGUGCAAGCAAAUAUAUAACAUACCGUUAUCUGCUCCAGGUUCUAAAUGCUCCUUGUUUUCCGCGUAUAACUCCUUUGUUAAUGUCGGGCUAAGCAAGAAGGAAAGGUUUGCCAAACUUGAGCAAUUGAACAAGAAGAAGAUUACUGUUUACGAUUUGCUUAUGAACAUUGAUGAUUUGUUGUAUAACAACUACCCGAUCCACUUAGACACACCUGGUUUAAUAGACGAUUACAGAAACGUCUUAGCGAAGAAAUACCAAACCGAUGUAGAAUACAAAGGUUGGGUUGACACUGUUGAAUUUGAACAUGACGGUUGCCAUACAUUUGCACUCGAUUGUGAAAUGUGUCUAUCUGAAAAUGGUUACGUUUUGACUCGCGUCAGCGUCGUGGACUUCGAGUGUAAUUUAAUUUAUGACCGUUUGGUAAAGCCUGACGUCCCCAUUGUUGACUAUUUAACCAGGUAUAGUGGAAUAACCGAAGAAAAAUUAAUAGGCGUAACGACUAAGUUAGCCGAUGUUCAGCAAGAUCUUUUGAAGAUGAUAAGUUCCAAGGAUGUCCUUAUAGGACAUUCCUUGCAAUCAGACUUGAAUAUCUUAAAAAUGCGGCAUCCAACGGUCAUCGAUACGUCCAUAAUUUAUGAGCAUAAGGCAGGUCCUCCAUUCAAGCCAGCUUUAAAAUAUUUGGCUGAAGAAUAUCUAAAAAAACAAAUUCAAAAUAAUGACGCCAAUGGUCAUGAUUCUUUUGAAGAUGCUAUGGCUUGCAUGGAACUAACAAAAAUGAAAAUAGUUAAUGGUUUAACCUUUGGAGUUGGUAUUAAUACAGAAAGUUUAUUCCAGCGAUUAACAAGGCAAGGAGUUAAAUCUAUUACAUUAAAUGAUUCUACAUCUCGUCAAGGGCAGCUGAUCAAGCCUCCUGCCGGCCUAGAAACCUCCUUAAGGUGUGAAGAUGAUGAAGAUGUCAUACAAGGUAUCCUUGAAAAUAUAAAUGGCGGGAACCUAUUUGUGGGCAGGAUGAGAGAAUUAGAGUAUGCCAGAGAGUUCGUCAAAUCAAAAACAGAGGAUCAAGGGAUCAAAUCUGUAGAAGAAGCCACAAAGAACUUAGGUGAUAGAUUACAACGAUUGUAUGCAGCAUGCCCGGCGUCUACAAUGAUUAUCGUCUGUUCUGGUAACGGGGACCCACGAGAUUGGGUAAAGUUGAUGGAAGAAUUUAAUGAACUGAACAAAGAGGAAAAGGCAACUGCCAGAAAGGAAAGGGAAGCAGAGAUACAGAAUGCCGUUUCCAAAGCCAGAGACGCCGUUACUUUGCUAAUGUUGAAGCAGUAA